AUGUAUCUCUAUAUUAAUAAUCUUUCUAGUCCAGUUCCUCCUGAGUUGGGGAAGUUAACAUCGCUCCAGGAUUUGGAAUUGAGCAUGAAUCAUCUCACGAGUCAAAUUCUAUCAUCGUUGAGCAAACUUACUAGUUUAAGAACUUUGUAUCUCACUAGUAAUAAACUUUCUGGUCCCAUUCCUCCUGAGUUGGGAAAUUUGACAUCGCUCCAAGACCUAGGAGUAAGCACAAACCAUCUCAUAGGUCAAAUUCCAGCUUCGUUGAGUAGAUUAACUGGUUUAAGAACUCUAUAUCUCCAUACUAAUCAUAUUUCUGGUACCAUUCCUCCUGAAUUGGGGAAGUUGACAUCGUUCUAA